AUGGAGCAACUGUGUGUAUUACACAAAGAUGGACGUGUCAGAUGGAGGUACAAUACGCAGGAGGCGUGUUGCAUCAACCACGUGGGGGGCGUGGAGGCUACGUGGCUCGAUCUGGUUGGGCCAACAUGGCAGCACGCAGGGGGCGUGCUGACGUGGCGAUCACUGGUUGGCGGAGAAGGGGAAGCACGCAGGGGGCGUGCUGAGUCAGCACGCAAGGGGCGUGCUGACGUGGCGAUUACUGAAUCCGUUUUCGUUUGUGGUUCCGUGCACGAUGACGUUAAUGGAGCUGCAGAACGGCCUCUGUCAAAGCAUGGAAAACGGUACAUUAAUGAGAGUGAGCAGAAUUUUGUAUCGAAAUCCGAUUGUAGUUUUUGGUGGUCUAAUAAGUUUGAUGCCAUGCCGAUCACUGAUGAAGCGAGUAUGCAGAAUAUGUUUCAAAUUCAUCGGCAUACUCAGAUGCGACACCCACAGAUUGAGUUGUACGUUGAGUUUGAAACUGUAGAGGCAGUAGCGGUUCAAAACGAUAUAGACAUACAUGAUGAUAGAGCUGCAGUGUACGAAGGAAUGAAUAGUGAUAGCGAAGAGGACUUCGAAGCCACUUAUGAGGCCGGCGACGAAGAUGAGGAUGGUGAUGUGGGAGUUGAGGCAGCAGCAGAGAAUGUAGUAGUUCAUCCGUCGAGCAGUCAACCGAUGGACGUUCCACCUUUUAUGCGUGAGUUGGAUCUCGAGGCCAUGCAUGCCCCCGAGUUUCCGGAAUAUGCAAACAUAGGCGCUGCUGAUCCUGAGGACGGAGAGUUCCGGAUUGGAAUGGAAUACAGUAGUAGAAAGUCGGUCGUCGCAUCAAUUAGAAAUUUCACUAUAUCUAAAGGAGUUGACUAUGAGGUGUAUGAGUCUGAGUCACAGACGUUCUAUGCAAAAUGCAAGAUGUACGGGCGUGGAUGUGAUUGGCUUAUCCGAGCCAGCUUGAUACGGAAAAAAGGCUGUUGGGAGAUACAUAGAUACAACGGAAGGCACACGUGCACGAUCGGAACGAUUUCACAAGAUCAUUCCAAGUUGGACUCAGAUACAGUUGCUGAGGCUAUAAGGCCAUUGGUCGAGACGGACCCAACCAUCAAGGUGAAAUCUAUAAUUGCAGAAGUCCAAUCGAUGUUCAACUAUACCAUCAGUUACCGAAAGGCUUGGUUGGCAAAGCAGAAGUCAAUAGCCAACAUUUUCAGUGGUUGGGAGGAUUCUUACCAAGCCUUGCCAUGGUGGCUCUCGAUCAUGGUGCAAAAGAUGCCUGGUUCAGUUGUCCAAAUAGAAACACGACCAUUGUACAACGGGAAUGAAGAGGCACAAGGUGUAAAAAUACUGCAUCGUGUAUUUUGGAGUUUCACUCCAUGCAUUAGGGCAUUCAGGCAUUGCAAGCCCCUGGUUCAGGUUGACGGCACACACCUAUACGGAAAAUACAAAGGUACACUUCUAGUCGCUGUUGCACAAGAUGGGAACCAGAACAUUGUGCCUAUCGCCUUUGCCUUGGUGGAAGGGGAGACAGCUGAUGGGUGGCACUUCUUUCUCAGAAAUCUGCGAACGUAUGUUGUUAGAAAAGACGGGAUGGGUAUGAUCUCAGACCGGCAUGAGUCAAUACGGGCAGCAGUUAAUCGUUCCGGUGGUGACUGGCAACCUCCAAGAGCAUGGUGGAUGUUUUGUAUAAGACACAUCGGCAGGUAUUCAAGAACGGUGGAGGAGUACAAUAUCAAUUAUAAGAGGUUGGAAGAGCGAGGCGAGGCAUAUGUCAGGUGGUGCGAUGCCAUCGGACUCAGACAUUGGGUAUUGGCAUUCGAUGAGGGACAUCGAUGGGGCCAUAUGACAACGAACCUUGUCGAGUGCAUUAACUCAGUGUUGAAGGGUGCCCGUAAUCUACCUGUGUUGCCGCUGGUCCGAGCAACAUAUUAUAGGUUAAAUGAACUCUUUACGCGAAAAAGUGCCGAGACUCAUGAACGCAAGCGUGCUGGAUAUACGUACUCCGCAUUUGCGCAACAGCGGAUAAAAGCAAGUAUGCAACAGGCUAGGAAUAUAGUUGUGCACCGCUUUGAUAGACGAAAUAAGGUGUUUGAGGUGCGCGAAAUGACUACUGAAAAGGUUGAACGAAUAUCAUGUCGCCAUGUUAUUGCUUGCUGUGCUAACCAGCGUCUCGAUUGGCAGUUGUAUGUGCAUGAUGUGUACAAGAUGAAGGAAGUUCGUAAGGUUUAUAGAUUUGAGUUCACACUAUUAGGAGAUCCCGAGACAUUGCCUGCUUAUGAGGGACCGACAUUGGUCGCUAAUCCCGCCCUGAGGCGAACGUCUAAAGGCAGGCCCAAGCUGACCCGAUACUUGAAUGAAAUGGACUCACGUGACAUGCGUGGUCAUCGGAUAUGCCGUCUCUGUGGUGCUCAGGGUCAUAGUCGGAGUAGGUGUCCACAGCGUGCUGGACCGAGUGGUACUGGUUCAUAG